AUGCAUUCUGACGACCACAAAAUCAUUAUAAGAGCAGACAAAAGACCAUUUGGAAGCCAUGAAAGACAAUUCAAUGCUCCCACUUUCAAUGAAGUCGCAGUGGUGAUUGUUGCCGAAAAUGUGGCAUCACGCGAUAUUGUUCUUAAGCGUCGCGAUGGUGGACAAUUGCAGCGCGUGUACGAGACUCAUCGGUCAUAUGAUGCGCUUCAAUACCCGUUGAUGUUCUGUAGAGGAGAGGAUGGCUAUCACUUAAAUAUUAAGAUGUUCAACCCAAUGACGGGAGAAGAAACGAAUAAAAAUGCCAGCUCAAUGAAUUUUUAUGCAUAUCGAUUGAUGAUUCGACAAGAUGUUGACAACCAUCUAUUGAGAUAUCGCCGGUUGUUUCAAAAGUACUGCGUCGACAUGUACGUCAAGGUCGAAACGGAGCAGCUCAAUUUCAUUCGCUUCAAUCAGUCAAAGUUACGAUCAGACGAGUACAUCCACUUGCGUUAUGCCAUCGCUACCGAAGGAGACGCGGCCAACAUUGGUCGUUUGACUAUUCUCCCGGCUACUCAUAUUGGAAGCCCGCGACACAUGCUGAAUAUGCCCAAGAUGCGAUGACGUAUGUGCGGAAUUACGGACGACCUGAUUUGUUCAUCACGUUUACUUGCAAUCCGAAAUGGCCCGAAAUUACAAAUCAGUUGCUGACAGGACAAACACCAAGUGAUCGACAUGACAUCACUGCAUGAGUAUUCAAACAAAAGAUCGUAGUACUCAUGAAUUACAUCGUUAAGCAGAAGGUCUUUGGCGCAAUCCGUUGUUGGAUGUACUCGGUUGAAUGGCAGAAGCGUGGUUUACCACAUGCGCACAUUCUGCUUUGGAUAUUUGACAAGGUCCGACCAGAUCGUAUUGAUUCGAUCAUUUCUGCCGAAAUACCAGAUCCAGAAACAGAUCAUGAGCUGCAUUCUGUUGUGACCACGAACAUGAUACAUGGCCCUCGCGGAACUCAUAAUCCUGGGUCACCGUGCAUGCAAAACGGAAACUGCAGUAAGCGUUUUCCACGUCCGUUUGUGGCUGACACAAUCAGUGGAAUCGACGGAUAUCUAUUGUAUCGGCGUCCUUCUCCAGAUGACA